AAACAUUUUUACGAAGAAAGCAGCCUUUCGGAGAUCUCAAGGGCCUAACCCCUCGGAGUCCCCGAAGCUCCCUUCCCUUCCCUUCCCUUUCCUUUCCUUCCCCGUUAACCUCUCUCUUCCUUCUUCUCUUUCUUCUUCUUCUUCUUCUUCUUCUUCUUCUUCGUAUAAUCAAUCCUUAUUAAGUUGCAGCAAUUCACCAUUUUCCCACUCAGAGGUCUUCUUCUUCUUCCACCAUUUUUAAGGGGCAGCCAUAACUGAACUGAGCUGACCUGACCUGACUUCAAAGUUGCCCGGAAAUGGCGACCCUCUCUUCAUCAAGCUGCCGCUCUUACGCUACCUCGCUGUCGUCGUCCUCCUCAUCGUCAUCCUCUUCUCAGGCUCCGAUUUGCGGACACAAUCAGCGGAUAACCUUAUCCUCGAUCCCACAUAGGUUUCUCUCUGCUAAGAUUUCCUGUCAAUUGAGCCGGAGGGGCUCCCGCGGAAACGCCGUUCGCAUGCAAGAUGGUGCAGUAGCUCCUGCAAUAACCCCAGUUGAGAAUGACUCUCCAUUUAAAAAACCGAAGGAGAAUUUACCUCCGAUCUCGCCGCCAGUAGAAACCAAAGAAGCUCCUGGGUUCGAUGUACAUCAAAACGAGUCCACUGUCACCAUAACUAUUGUUGGGGCCUCCGGGGACCUCGCCAAGAAAAAGAUAUUCCCGGCCCUUUUCGCCCUGUAUUAUGAAGACUGUCUUCCAAAGCAUUUCACGAUUUUCGGUUAUGCCCGUACUAAGAUGACUGACGCCGAACUUCGGACCAUGAUUAGCAAAACCUUGACUUGCCGAAUUGAUAAGAGGGAGAACUGCGGUGAGAAGAUGGAUCAGUUUCUUGAGAGAUGCUUCUAUCACUCUGGGCAAUACGAUUCCCAGGAGAACUUUGCAGAGCUAGACAGAAAGCUGAAGGAACACGAGGCGGGGAGGGUCUCUAAUCGUCUCUUCUAUCUCUCAAUUCCUCCGAACAUCUUCAUCGAAGCAGUGAAAUGUGCAAGCUUAUCAGCUUCCUCUGGUAAUGGCUGGACUAGGGUCAUUGUAGAGAAACCUUUUGGUCGGGAUUCAGAGUCGUCUGCUGCUUUAACAAAAGCUCUCAAGCAGUACUUACAGGAAGAUCAGAUUUUCAGAAUUGAUCACUAUUUGGGAAAGGAGCUCGUUGAGAAUUUGUCAGUUCUACGCUUCUCUAAUCUCAUUUUCGAACCGCUGUGGUCAAGACAGUAUAUAAGGAACGUACAACUGAUAUUUUCAGAAGAUUUUGGCACUGAAGGACGUGGAGGGUACUUUGACAACUACGGCAUCAUAAGAGAUAUUAUUCAGAACCAUCUUCUUCAAAUACUGGCACUUUUCGCCAUGGAAACCCCAGUUAGUUUGGAUGCAGAGGAUAUCAGGAAUGAAAAGGUCAAAGUUUUAAGGUCGAUGAGGCCUUUAAGUCUCGAAGAUGUUGUCAUUGGACAGUACAAGAGCCACACCAAAGGAGGCAUUACUUAUCCAGGCUAUAUUGAUGACAAAACUGUUCCUAAAGACAGCCUUACCCCAACUUUUGCUGCAGCUGCCCUUUUCAUUGACAACGCGAGAUGGGACGGAGUUCCAUUUCUGAUGAAAGCGGGAAAGGCAUUGCACAAUAAGAUAGCGGAGAUAAGAGUGCAAUUCAGGCACGUCCCAGGUAAUUUGUACAAUCGAAAUUUUGGGACCGAUCUUGAUCAGGCAACAAACGAGCUAGUCAUUAGAGUGCAGCCUGAUGAAGCUAUUUACUUGAAGAUCAAUAACAAGGUUCCUGGGUUGGGAAUGAGAUUGGACCGAAGUAACUUAAACCUUCACUAUGCCGCAAGAUACUCGAAGGAAAUUCCGGAUGCUUACGAGAGGCUUUUGCUCGACGCCAUUGAAGGGGAGAGGAGGCUCUUCAUUCGGAGUGACGAGCUCGAUGCUGCUUGGUCUCUCUUCACGCCUGUGCUGAAGGAGUUGGAGGAGAAGAAGAUCAUCCCUGAAUACUACCCUUACGGGAGCCGGGGCCCAGUGGGUGCACACUAUCUUGCUGCAAGAUAUAAUGUCCGGUGGGGCGACCUCGGGUCUGAGCAAUGAUAUGAUUCAGACCAAAUGUUAUGAAUUCAUCGUUGUAGAAAAUAGGAGAAAGGUCCAUCAUUGGUUUGUCGAUUUACACAGUCGGCUGACUUAGUUGAAAUUUGUCUGGAUUUUGUUCUUGUUAUUCUUCCCAGCCUUUGCGCCCGAGUACGUUAAGGAAGGAAACUCGGGGCUUUUUUUGCAUUGUCCUUGUUCAUUGUAUUUUAAUGAAUUUCGGGAAGUGAAAGAGGAAGAAGUAAUGUAUUCUGUACAUUCAUACUCCUGGAAGAGAAUACAAAAUAAUUGGAGGAAAGCACAAAUUGACUGUA